AUGAAGUUCUCCAUCCUCCCCCUGGCGGCUCUCGCCCCCCUGGCCGCUGCCCACUUCGAGCUCAAGUACCCCACGAGCCGCGAUGGCAGCGAAGACAACAUGGUCAACUUCCCCUGCGGCAGUGCGGCCCAGUCCACCAACCGCACUCAGGUCUCCAUCUCCGCCGGCUCCUUCCCCGUCGCGCUGUCCAUGGGCCACUCGCAGACCGCGGUCGAGGUGCUCCUCGCCCUGGGCACCGACCCCGGCACCAACUUCAACAUCACCCUGCACAAGACCUUCGAGAUCGAGGGCCUGGGUGCCUUCUGCCUGCCCCACAUCACCUUCGAUGAGUCCAUCCUCGGCACCAACAUCACCGACGGCAUGAACGCCACCGUCCAGGUGCAGAGCAACGGGGAUCCAUCUGGAGGUCUUUAUGCGUGCGCCGACAUCCAAUUCUCCUCGACCGUGAGCUACGACGAGCCGUCGACCUGCAAGAACAACACCGGCGUCAAGGCUGUCGAGUUCACCGGCGCCGCCGCGGACCGUCACGCCAACGAGUCGACCGCCACCGGCGGUGCCCAGGACGGCUCCUCGUCCAGCAGCAGCAGCAGCAGCAGCUCCUCGUCCUCCGCGAGCGGCUCCAGCAGCACUGCUACCUCCACUGGUGCUGCGGUUCCUCUGCAGACCGCUGCCUGGGGAAUGCUCGGUGCCGCUGUUGUCGGUGGUCUUGCUGUUCUGUAA